AUGAUUUCUUCGAUAAUAAACACUGUUCUCUAUCCUCGGCCAAACCCUCCACAUUAUUCCGCGAAAUCCCAUCCCAAUUAUCUAAUUUGGAUUCCACCGAAUGGUUCAAUACCAUCGAUUCCUUGUUUCUAUUUUCAAGCAUCACCAGAACGCCCAUUAAUCAUUUGGAGUCAUGGUAAUGGCUGCGAUAUAGGUACAAUGGUUCCAUUACUUAGCCUUUUGAAUCGAACACUGAGCGUCAACAUUUUAAUCUAUGAAUACCCCGGCUAUGGUCUGUGUGUCGGUCAAACGCCGUCAGAAGACAAGAUCAAUCGACACACUCAACAAGCGUAUACUUUUGCACGGAGUGUUCUACGUUUUCCGCCAGAUCGCAUCGUAUUCUAUGGACAUAGUAUUGGUAGUGGAACUGCCUGCAUGAUGGUUGCGUCUCUCAUACAAAGUCGAAUACCUGUUGGUGGACUCAUUUUACAAAGUCCCUACCAAUCAUUAACAGAUCUCGUCAAACAAAAAGCUGGAGUCUUUCGCUUAUUCAUCUCCGAACUCGGAUGGAAUAAUAUCAAUGUUAUACAAGUCAUCACUUGUCCUGUCCUAUUCAUACAUGGUAAACAGGACGACUUGAUUUCGUAUGAUAAUUCUAUUAAACUAUACAACGCUUGUCCUUCACAUAAAAAACAAAUCGUACUGAUAGAUAACGCUGACCAUAAUACAAUCGAUACGCGAACUGUUCUACAAGCUGUGCAACAGUUCUUAUAUAUGUAUUUACAUUAA